AAAUGAAUUUAGCCGACUAUAAAAAUCGCAGGAUCUGAGCCAUCUAAUCACACUGAAGCAAGCUCUUAGCCACUAUGUGUCGUUUAAUCCAAACAGUUUUCGUAGUUACGGUUCUCGUUGCCGGUUACCAUUGCAACGUUCCAAAUGUAGGAGAAAUGUUGGGAAAACCUCAAGAGUAUGCAAUGAGCCCAGCGCAAUGGCAAUCCAUUGAAUCUACGUUUGAAUUGUACAAAAAAUCAAUAACCUCUAUGCAAAUUUCCCUUAAAAAGUUAAAAAAAAAUAAAACAGUAAAAGAAAUUUUAAGUUUGAUUAACGCUAAUUUGGGCUACUUUCAAAAUUGGAUAAGAGGCCUCAAGCAACUUGACGACAGUACUGUUUCUUAUGUUGCCGGUAUAUCUAACGCAUGGACCCAAUUGUUAAGAGAAGAUGCAGAACAUAUACAAUUGUUUGAUGCAUCCAAAUUGACAGCUUUGGAAAAUAGCAUUCGCGGUGAUGAGAAAUUGGCAAUUGAUCAAUUGCAAUUAGUUAAUCAUGUAGGGAGCUUAUUGCUUGAGGGGAUGGGCAAUCGUAAAGAAGAAGUUGAUAAUUUUGAUACACAUUUACAAUUCGGAGACGGCUACAUGUCAUCACUGGAUGCAAUUUUGAAUAAUAUUGAUUUAACAUUUACAUUGAACUAUCAAAGAAAUGUAGAAAUGCAAAAUCAUUUUAAAGAUUUAAAAGCGGCAAAAGAAGAAAUGAAAAAAAUAUUGGAUGAACUAUACAAAGCACUUGUAGUCAAAAACAAAAAUGAUUAAAAAAUGAUAAAAUUUGUUCGAAAUACGUUUAUUAAGUUUGCCUGACCUUGUAAUAUUCUUUCUUAUUCAAUAGUUCACUUAGAACUAAAGUUUUGUUUAACAAUAUGAAAAAAUAAAACAAAUACCAAAUUUCCUA